CCCCUUUGAAAAAUCAUUGGACCUGCACGGCCGCUCCCUCUUUCGGUGGUCUGUUCAACGGCAGAUAUGGGCAGCUCGAGAUGGCCGAGCCGAUGGGCAUCGUAACCCCUGAAAGCGCCGCAGACCUGCUGACAGCCACAUGUGGUACCAGGCGCGCUGUGCCGAAAUUCCGACGACACACCUUGAACGCGGUCUUCGAUGCAUGGCCGAAUGGUAUAUAGAGGAGGCAGCUCGUCAUAAACCAGCCUGUUGUUUUCGGCUCUACCACACCCAUCACAGCAUCUCAUCCCUUCGCUUUACAUUCUUUCUUUCUACAUCUCUUGACGAGAUCCUGGCUCCUGGAGAGUUAGAUCCAUUCUUUUUGAAUUCACACAGUCUUUACAAUUGUCAUUUCGAACAACUCAUCUACGAUCAUUUAUUUACUUGUCCUUCAGACGCAGGCCGCCAUCGACCACAUACAUAUUCACUAAUUAAUAAUGAGACUCCAGACUGUCGCUACAAUCUCCGCCGCUGUGGGUGCGGUGAACGCUGCUCCCUACGCUUCGCAGCGUGCCCAGCGCACAGUCAAGCGAGCCAGUGAGGUUGGAGAUGGCACAAGUGUCAUGACCUUCUUUGGCCAGAGCACCGAGAAGACGAACCUAUCUGAGGUCUGCGAGAAUGACAACUUCGACAUCGUCAUCCUGGCCUUCAUCACCAGCUUGAAUCCGCCCAAGCUUAACAUGGGCAAGGAUACCGGUAGUCCGAGUGAUGCCCAGAAGGAACAGGAGGGCUUCGAGCUGUUUGAUGGCACUGUCGCGCCUGUCGGGGGCCAGAGCAUUGCGGAUCAAAUCUCCGGGUGCCAGGAAAAGGGCAAGAAGGUCAUGAUUUCAUUUGGUGGCGACGAGAGGUUCUCAAACGCCACCUUUAAGAGCGCGGACGAGGCCACGAAGGCUGCUGAUCAAGUUUGGAACCUGUACCUCGGCGGCACAGACUCGGCAGACAUCAGGCCUUUCGGCAGCAAGGUCACCCUUGACGGCCUGGACCUCGACAACGAGUCCGGAAACGGCGCGUUCUAUAAGGAAUUUGUCACCGAAAUGAGGAGUAAGAUGGACUCGGACUCCUCGCGGAAGUACCUCAUGAGUGCGGAGCCAAUGUGCGCGGUGGUCGGUGAUACCGAGUCCUCAAUUCCUGACAGUGUCCUGUCCAUGCUGGACUUUGUCAACGUUCAGUUCUAUAACAACCCGGACCAGGGCAUCGGCGGCAAAGACUUCGAGACCAACAUCAAGGACUGGGCUAAGAAGUUCGCUGAUGCUAAACCUAGCCCGAAGCUCUACCUCGGUGUCCCCGGUGGAAAAGGCGCGGCCGGAAGCAACAUUCAAUCGGCUGACGAGAUCAAGAAGACUAUUGAGUCUGUCAAGAACAUGAACCUCAGUGGAUUUGGUGGCGUUGGUAUCUGGGAUGCUGGCUUCGCCAUGGCUGACGAGGCAUUCCCAGAGGCUGUCAAGGGCUCGCUUGCCUAGAUUUCAUCGCAGCAGAGGCCCCUCCCCUCAGGUGGCAUGGCCACAUGCAAGGAGACAGACUCCAUCACCAAGCUUCGGAGUCACGACACAGUAACUGCCGAAAUAUUGGCUGUCCAUUCUUUGUCUCUAUUUCCCACCAACUACCACGGCUCAACGCCUUAUUGAACCCACCCUCGCUUGAAUCACAUUCUUUAAAGAACCUCCGAUUACGGAAUCCGAUUCACAUUCGUUGCAACACGCCACAAAAUAUAUCAAACAACCACCACCCUCGCUAUUACGACCUUCGUUCCAUCAACAAAGACACCGAGUCUACAGUCUCGGCACUGAACCCUCAUUAUUACCCUCUUUACGUAUGAAAAUGGGAGCAUUGUACAUUGAGUCAACUGUAUAUACCAUUUGGAGCUCACCCUCAUUGAGAAGUUAACCUAGGCCUCCGAGCCAGAAGCACGUUCGUUCAGAUAGCCAAAAA